AUUAGUUGGGAAAAUGCCAAACAAGUCCGUCCAGAAAUUACGUUAUAAUGAGAAACAUGAAGAGUCAUGAAAAAAAUGGCAGGUGAAAAGAUAGGAAUCAAACAGGCUGUUCAGAUUGGUAAACCUAAAACCACAUCUUCAUGAAAUAAGAGACGGGCCGCCUGAUUACAUUAAGAAUGGAUAUGAAUGUUCUUGGUCCAAAGUUUUAGUCAUGGUGAUGGGGUCCUCUGAUAGCUAAGGCUUGGCAGAAAUUCUCUCUAUAAUUUUGGCAUUUAAUACAUGCUUCUUGUGAUGAUAAACACCACAUUUUCCUGCUAUUGAUUCAUGCUUUGACCCGUUACUUACAACUUCCCCAAUCUCCUCCCUCCAUGUUUUAUUCCUUAUCAAAUAUCAGUUGGAAUAUUGUUCUUCCAAAGGUUGUUAAAUCCUAGGGUUUCACUUGACACAGAUGAGAAUCCUGUUAUGUAUUGCCUAAGCUAAUGAUGCAGAUGAAUAGCCAAGGAUUAUAAUUAUGAAGGUAUGGAGGUUAUUUUCUAAAACACAGGGAGCCUUUCUCUCCCUGUCAGUUGGUGGAAUGGCAAUUAGGGCAAAUGGCUUUAUUAGUUAAUUAGGUUUUAUUCUUUAUGCAUCUUUCUGUCCAGGAAUAGGAUUUAUUGAACCUCAUUCAUGUGAAUGUUUUGUUUAGUAGUGCUCCAAAUGGGUAACUUAGGAAAUAACCCAUCAACCUCUGACAAAACACCAUCAAGCUUAGAGCAGGUCUGUAAGGUGUGAGGGAACCCAUCAUCAAGCUUAAAACACCUUUCAGCUUCAAGCCCACAUCUUAACUAUUACAGGAAAAGAUACCCAUCAAGCUUAAAACACCUAUAGCUUUAGAAUCCAUGUACUUCUAGGCUUGAAAGCCAUGUCCUAACUGUGGGGCUUUUCUGAUUAAAGCUACUUAAUUCAAAAAAACUCAUUGCAACUUGAUUGAUUUCAUGUGGGUUUCAAAUUAUAGAGCAUUAAAAAUGAGUGACUCCCCACUGAAAUAUGAGAGUUCUGAUGGAACUUCCAUGACUGUGAACUCUGAAUCUUCAUCCUCUUCCUCUCCCAUGUGGGUCUGCCCUUCUCCUGUCACAGGGCAAUCUCAUCUAAAGGUCCCCUUUUCAUGGGAGAAAGAGCCAGGAAUUCCCAAGCAGAAAAUUCAUUCAGUGAGGACCACCAUGGCCAAAUCUUUGCAAACAUCAAUCCAGAAUGACUACCACCAUGAUCACCAUCAUCUUCGACCUCCCCCCAUUUUGCUGUCUAAACCAUCAGAGCCCAAGCGCAAGAAGAAGGUGGAAAGUGAUCCUUUUGCAGCAGCCAUGGUGGAGUGCACAAAGCAUGAAAAGAGCAAAGAGAGAAGUAAAAUUCGGUCAAGUUCCAUGUUUUCUUGGAUAAGAUCUUGUUCCACCAGUGACAGUGAGGUGAUUCUACCCCAAUCAAAGCUGUUGGAUCGGUCAAGAGCUUCUAGAUCUAAUCAAGUCCUUGACUUCAACACCUCUAGAAAAGUUUCUAAUGAGAAUCUAAGCCAAUUUGGGCCUGUCAAACACUGGGGAGGUCAUGGAAUUAACAAUCAAAAAGUUUUGCGCUGUUUUGGCAAGGAGAACAGGCAGAGGGAGUCCACAGCCUUGGUGGAAUGGGCCAAUUGCAGGGAUGUGGAGCUCUAUCACACCCUCUUGAAAGAUGUUUAGAUAAUCACAUGUGAGUUUUCCUUGUUUCAUUGUGCAAGUAAAUUUCAGGAGUUGUGUAUGUUUCCUUUGUGUUAUGUUGUUAUUUAUGUAUACUCUUAAACUAAUGCAUUAUCUAUGAAGCAAUGGUUGCCUUUCUCCUUUCAUAGAAGCUUUUGAAAAGACCUUCCAUUGAUUGGAAUUCAUGAAGAAUAGAUCAAUGCUACUGUUGCCUUUCUAUUUUCAUAGAGGCUUUUGAAAGGACCUUUUUCUAAUUGGAGUUCAUGAAGAAUAGAGCAAUGUAAAUUUUGCCUUUCUUCUUUUAUAAAGGUUUCGAAAGGAUUGAAGUUCAUGAAGAAUAGAUCGAUGCUAGUUUUAAUCA